AAAAAAAAAAAAAAAGAACGAAGCAAAGCCACAGCCGUAUAUGCUGAGCUUCUGAGCAGACAUGGGAUGCAGGUGGGGAGGGACUGCUCAUCCGUCGCUGAGUUAGCUGACUCUGGCUUUUAUAUUCAACAAUACGUGCAACAUUAUGGCUAAGCAGUACGAUGUGCUCUUCCGACUCCUGCUUCUCGGAGAUUCUGGGGUUGGGAAAACAGUUUGUUAUGGCAGAUGCACGGACAACGAAUUUCAACCCAUCUCACAUCUCCACCAUCUGGGGGUCGACUUUAAAAUGAAGACACUGCUAAUAGAUGGUAUCAAAGUUCGGAUACAGAUAUGGGACACUGCAGGCCAAGAAAGGUACCAGACCAUCACUAAGCAGUACUACAGACGAGCACAGGGAAUCUUCCUGGUGUAUGACAUCACGAGUGAGCGAUCUUUCCAGCACAUCAUGAAGUGGGCCAGCGAUGUGGAUGAGUACGCUCCUGACAAGGUCCAGAAGAUCCUCGUAGGGAACAAGUCAGACGAGGUGGACAAGAGGCAGGUGGCCACUGAGCAAGGUGUCAAGCUGGCCAAGGCUUAUGGAAUGGACUUCUUUGAGACAAGUGCCUUCACCAAUCAUAAUAUAAGUGAGACUUUUACACGACUGGCUGAGCAAGUGCUGGCGGCCAACAAAAAGGACCUGGAUCUACUCCGGACGUCCAUUAACGAUGAGCUCAAUCUCGCUGCCCUGGAGGAAGAGGAGGGACUCUGUGACAGCGCUGCUGGCGACCAACACAAAGGCUGCUGGUGUUAAGAGGAACACCUUGAAUUUUGAUUGAACAUAUGUUACAUAUGCCACACAUGUUGCACACUCUUGGGAAAAUGUGUCUGUUUUUGUUUUAUCCUGAUAUCAAGAGGUUAACUGAUCUGUAAUUUUGAAAUCAGCUCUGCUUCAUCUGAGUAUUUUUAUUUAGUUUGGUGGAGCUCAAGUCACUUGAGAGCAGUUUCAAGGGUAAAGGUAGAAACAUUUUGCCAAACAAAGUGCCAACAGAAGACCCAAAUGGCAGGUUUGCCUCCUUGCGACUGAAUGUUCACCAUUUCCUGCUCAGUUCAGCAUGUGUUUGUGAUCAAAUCCUAAUCUCUAUCUACUAGAAAUUUGGCAGUUGACACAAAGCGUCCACGAGAGGUGGAAAUAAAGAUUUGAUCAUUUUUCUUUACACACUAGUCAGAAUGUAGAGUGUAGGGAAAUGGCUUGAAAUCGCCUUUUUACCCUUGAACGCUUGAGUUUAAGUGUAAGAAAUGACCACAAGAGGGUGCUACAUGCAUUGCAAAAACAGCACACGCACUGGAGAUGAUACCACUGUUUUUCCUCCUCUGUUUUCAGUUGUAUUUGCACUUGCAUAGGUUUCCUUUAAAGGAGUGGAAGGAUUCUAAAUAUAUGCAGCCACUUUAUUACAUUGUUUUAAAUAUUAUUUUCAUGCAUAUCAUGACUACAGAGGAAGUGUUGCAGCUUGUAAUAUUAUCCAAGUGGUCAGAUUUACCUGCUUAUAGUGAGGGAAACAUUGAGAGCAAAAUGAUGUAGUUUCCCUGUAGCAAAACAGAAGGUAUUUUUAUUAUUUUAUAGAGUUUGUUUAUAGAAGAAAAUCUAGUGCAGGUGGAUUGAUGACUGCUCAUUGCAUUGUACAUACCAGGUUUUUAAAAGCAGUGUAGAUUGAUAGAAUCAUGAGCAAAUGUACGCCAUGAAUUUUACUGUAGAGGUCUGUAUAAAAGGUCCACAUGGGUAUUCUUGAUGGUCUGAAAUAUUCUCUUUGUGAAGAUAAAAAUGUAUCGGUCAUUUUGUUCUUUUAAUAGCUGUUCUGUACAGAGUUCAGUGGCGAUGCAAUUUCUUUGUUUCCUCGCAUUUAACAAGGGACGAGUGAGGGUUCUGCAUGCGAUUCACACUUCUUUCCUUUCUUUUUACUGCAACUUCAGUGAAGUUAAUUAUCACCUAACCGUAAUACAAGUAAAGCAUUUGACCAGAGUUGCCUGUUUGGAGAGUAGGCACGGGAAGACCAUCAUCGGAUGACCUUUGGCUACAUUUUUGCAACUUAGUAUUACUAAAUGCUACUCAAAGCAAUUGUUAAUGUGUGCAACACGUGAAGCGGCAGUAUGUUGUACUGAAUGACGUUCUGGAUGACACUCUAGAUACACAAUGUGUUUUUUUCUGGAACUUUUUUCUUGUCUUUCUUUUCGACUACUUUACUGCAUUUGUGGAACUAUAUUACAUGCAACAUGUUAUCCUUGAAGAAACGAUGUCUGAUGUUUAUGAGUAAAUACUUGCAGAUAUACGACUCUGUGCCCAGAUGUCUUCUUGGUAUCACCAAAUAUGAUUUGGAGAUGAACUACAUAGUACUACGUUGAAUGUUGGGGUUAAAAAAAAAACACAAAGCCUUUCCUCAUUUUACACUCUUUUACUAAUUAUUAUCAGAAUCCCAGAAACUUCAUGUUUCCUGCUUUUUGUCUUUUUAUGGCUAUUUUUACUCCUUUCACCAGAUGACAGUCUUGCACAGAUUUCCUGUAUUGUGAUAUAAUUAUU